UCGUGUGAAGCAUACAACAUCUUUUACGUAUUUAUUUGUCUGUAUACAACAAUACGUGUAUCCAUAUUCGCCAAUAACUUGGAGAACAAAGUUACCUAAGACUACCCAUAUUCAGUUGUCUACAGAAAAAGGUUUCUGCCUAUCGUUUCUAUCAAGUAUCGAUAUAACCAGCCAUCAUGUUUGAAUGUUGUGUUUGAGAAGGCCUCUCUCAACAUCCCAUGAUGAACCAUCAUCCCCAAACCACUUAUUUCAAGAGAGGGUGACCCGCCCACAUCGAUUUUGAAUUUGAAUAUUGGGAGUCAAAAUGAGGAGGGGAAAAGAAAUGUUGAGAGUGGAUAUAUAAAAUGGGCCCGCGAUGAUCGUGAGUCAGCAUUUCCUAUUGAUAUCGCCAGCCCGCACUUGUGUAUUAUUGGAAGUUGUACUAGUCAACAGUGGUCACUGCAAAGACCAACAGAACAGACAAUAACAAUAACUCCUAGAAAGUAACUUCUCUGUAUCAUGCAGCAUAGUUUGUAAUUUCUCAAGGUCAUAUAAUAUUAUAUAGCAUCUGAGGAUAAGUGCUGAAGCUACAGGGUAUUGGUUGGUUCUCUCGAUCUAUCAGAAAGCAAGAAAUUCAAGUAGUUUAACCAAAAGGUGGUGAUAUACUCUAAUAUACAUCUUCCAAAUGGAAACCAGUAGAAAAGAAGACUGCAAACAAACCAGUGAUCUUAAUUCACAAAGCUUACCGCUCCAGGAAAACAGCAUACAAAAGAUUCUCUGUGACAUAACCAACAAACCAAAUGAGGAAAAAACAGAAUCAGUAUCCAAGUCAAAUGAAAGCAAGUCUAUUGAGGCGAGGAAAGAAGUUAUAAUGAAUAUUUCAAACUCUGAAGAAACCUCAAAAUGUAGAAAAAGAAAAGCCAGCAAUAUCCAAAAGGAAAAUGAAAACAAUGAAGAUGGAGUACAGACUCUGACUAAAUGUCAUCGAGAGAAAAAAAUUAUUAGAAUUAGAAGAAAAGCUCCAAAAAGUGUCGAGAAACAUGAUGGAAUUUCAAAUGGAGAACAGACAGGAUCCAAAGAUAUGACCAAUCUUUCAACUUCAAGAAAAAUACAAGUCAGAUACCCAAAAACCUUAUCUCCGAGGCCAAACGUAAAGACUAUUCUGAAAUAUGUUUUUUGACCAGCAACUUUCAAAAAAAUCAUGCCAUUGUUAACCUAUAGCAGCGGGACGAAGAGUUUUUCAUCCAUUUAACAAACCAGAAACAGUGACACUAUAAUUACUCUUUGAAUAAAAAUUUUUCUGAUCAA